AUGGCCGUGAACGUCCCUGGAGUGGUAAUGAUGGUGCUUUUCUACCUGCUGGUCCUCGGGACCGGGAUCUGGGCUGCUUUCAAGUCAAGAAGGGAGCAGAAGAAAAGUAAAGCCAAUAAAAUGGAGAUGGCUCUGCUGGGAAACCGAAGCAUCAACUGGAUGGUGGGGAUCUUCACCAUGACAGAAUUACUCAAACAACUGUUAAACUGCUUUUGUUUUUUUUUUGUUUUUUUAAACCUCUUCAUCUUCCCUGUAGCUACGUGGACUGGUGGAGGAACAAUAAUUGCCACAGCAGAGAUGGUGUACACGCCCUCUAUAGGUCUAAUUGAAGCAGGCAUCAUGACUCUUGCAUACAGCAUAUCUUUUGUUUUAUGUGGUCUGGUGUUUGCUAAACCCCUGAGAGAACUGAACUGCGUGACAAUGAUGGACCCCUUUUAUUUCAAGUAUGGAAAAGUGAUAACAGCUGGACUCUCGUUGUCCUCACUUUGUAUCGACUUGACCUGGUUUCCUCUUACGCUCACUGCGUUAGGAGGAACCAUGAGUGUUAUCUUGGACUUGUCCUACAAUGUGUGUAUCUGGAUCUCUGCUUCUGUUGCCAUCAUCUACACACUGCUGGGAGGUCUCUACUCUGUGGCCUACACUGAUGUCAUACAGCUGAUCCUCAUAUUCAUCAGUUUGUGGCUCUGUGUUCCUUUUGUGUUGAUGAACCCGAACACCCUGGACAUUAGCCAGACACUGUUGAACAACACCUUACACGCUCCAUGGAUUGGUGAACCGGACCUGAAAAAGACAGGGCUCAUGAUUGACCAGUUUCUAUUAUUUGCACUGGGGAGUCUGGGAUUUCAGUGUGUACAUCAGAGGACCUUGGCGGCUUCUUCUUUAUCCACAGCCAAGCUCACCUGUGUAGUCGCUGCUUUCCUUUACAGUGUGUUUAUAAUACCGCCUAUAUUACUGGGAGCAGCUGCUGCAUCCACAGAUUGGAACAUGACGUCUUAUGGUUCUCCAUUUCCGUAUGAACGUGGGGAAAAAACGAUGGUCCUGCCGAUCACCUUGCAACACCUGACCCCACCCUUUAUUUCCAUCCUUGGCACCGGAUGUGUGGCUGCUGCUGUGAUGUCAUCAGCUGACUCUGUGUUGAUUUCUGCAGCGUCUGUCUUCACAUCCAGCAUUUACAAGAACAUCCUGAGACAAAAGGCGUCGGAGAGAGAGAUUCAGUGGGUGAUCCGUGUCACUGUGGUGGUUGUUGGUUUGAUUGGGACAUCAUUAACCAUUCAGAAAAAGAGUGUGUUAUUCUUCUGGUUCAUUAGUGCUGAGGUGGCCUACCUCAUUAUCUUCCCACAGCUGUUGUGUGUUCUUUUCUUGAACAUUUCCAACGGUUAUGGAGCUGUUGCAGGAUGUGUUUUAGGAGUUAUGCUGAGACUCCUCAGUGGAGAGCCAUCACUUGGACUUCCAGUUACCAUUUGCCUCCCAGGAUGUGUCCUUGAGGAUGGCGUUUAUGUCCAGUACGCUCCAGUGAAGACCAUCUCCAUGCUGUUGUCAGUCACUGCCAUUGUGGUGUUCUCCUUUCUAGGGUCUGUGCUCUUUAACAAAGGUCUGCUUCCAGAGAAGUGGGAUGUGUUUAAGGUGAAAGUUCAACCCUCACCACAACAACUGAGUCCAGUUCACAGAGCCAAGGAAGACCACGAGGCUGAGCUGUUGACUAACAAAGGCUUUGAGACUAACACUCAAGAGCUAGUAAGGAACACACAGUGUUAGUGUCUCCCAUCAUCUGCUGUUGGAGUUCUAACACCAUAAGAAUAAUUCUGCAUGAUGUGUGGGCAGACUGCUUUAAUAUAAAGGUGGCAUGGUUUAAUCAAGUGUCAUAACUGAAUAGAUUAAUUCCAGGGAUUAAAGAUUUUUUUGUGUGGUGAAAAAUCUACUGUUGCAUAUUAAUUUAUAUAAGUGAUAAACGCAAAACUAUAUUUAAAUGUUUGUACGGGUUAGUUUUGGGUUACAUUUAUUUUGAGAAAAACAUCCAAACGUUUCUUUUCUUUGUUGUGGGCUGCUUACUGUUUCGAUGAUCGGGGAUUUUGUUUUGUGUUCUGUAGUGACCUCUAGUGGGAGUUACCAAGCACCACUUCAAGGCGUUGUAUAGUUCGGCUGUUUUUUGCAGGUCUUGGGAUUCUAUCCAUUUAAUAUCUUAGCUGUUUCUGUUCAUAUGUGCUGUCUGCGCUGAUGUCGUUCCUGGGGUCAGUUUCUGGGGUCACUCCCCACAUCUUCGUUUGGCCCUUGGUCUUUCUAAUGGAUUCUCCUGUUCAGUCUUUCUGAAGUUGCUAUUAAGAAACACCUGGGUCCUAGAUAUGGGUGUGUCAAAUUCAUUUUCCCCAGGGGCCACAUCAGCAAUGUGGUUGCUAUCCAAGGGUGGUUUGUAACUGGAAGACUAUA